UCGUCAAAAAUGGCAACACAGAGGUGGGCGGAAAUGUCUAGUUUGAAACUGUCCUAUUUUGAGAUCAUUUCUGCUUUAUUUGCUUGAGUUAUGCAGUCCUAACACGGCAUUGCGAUAAUGUGACAUUUAUGCAAGUGUUAGUUCAAACCACAUAAUGAUACGUUAGCGUCUGACACAGCGUUUUAACACUGAAACUCCGAGGGUCAGCUGCCAGCCUGUUAGCUUGCCAUGCUAGCUUGUCUCGAAAGUCCUCGACAACAAUAACAUUCUCGCUCGGGACAGUUUUGAACAGGACAGACAAAAACACCACCGAGUACAAACAGCAGAAGAAGAACAAAAGAAGAACACAACACUAAGGGGUAGUCGAGUACAGAAUGUCUAUGAAAUGCGGGGAGUCUGCGUUUACUGGGAGUUACGAUGUCGGGUCGUUUCCCAAAAGUUUUGGUUACGGGACGGAGGAGGAGGGAGACAUGGAGGAGAACUGCUCCCCUCCAGACAAACCCAGAAUACUGCUGAUGGGACUGAGGCGCAGCGGAAAGUCAUCCAUACAGAAGGUGGUAUUCCACAAAAUGUCACCCAAUGAGACUUUGUUCCUGGAGAGCACCAACAAAAUCUACAAGGACGACAUCUCCAGCAGCUCCUUUGUCAACUUCCAGAUCUGGGACUUUCCUGGACAGGUGGACUUUUUCGACCCCACGUUUGACAGUGAGAUGAUUUUCAAAGGAACCGGUGCUUUGAUUUUUGUCAUCGAUGCUCAGGAUGAUUACGUGGAGGCACUGGGUCGGUUGCAUCUCACUGUGUCAAGAGCCUACAAAGUGAAUCCAGACAUCAACUUUGAGGUUUUCAUCCAUAAAGUAGACGGACUGUCAGAUGACCACAAAAUAGAAACACAGAGAGACAUUCAUCAGCGGGCUAACGAUGAUCUGGCAGAUGCUAACCUGGAGAAGGUUCACCUCAGCUUCUACUUGACCAGUAUCUACGACCACUCCAUAUUCGAGGCCUUCAGUAAAGUCGUCCAGAAGCUGAUUCCUCAGUUACCAACUUUGGAGAACCUUUUAAACAUUUUCAUAUCACAUUCUGGGAUUGAGAAAGCCUUCCUGUUUGACGUCGUUAGCAAGAUUUACAUCGCCACAGACAGCUCUCCUGUGGACAUGCAGUCGUACGAAAUCUGCUGUGAUAUGAUCGACGUCGUCAUUGAUGUCUCCUGCAUUUACGGUCAUCUCACUCUUGGCAGACUGGUGGAAGACGGCAGCGGUUGUGCCUAUGACAAGGAGUCGCUGGCUAUCAUCAAACUCAACAACACCACAGUGCUUUAUCUGAAGGAGGUCACAAAGUUCCUCGCUCUUGUGUGCAUCCUCAGAGAGGAGAGCUUUGAGAGGAAAGGUUUGAUAGAGUAUAAUUUCCAUUGUUUCCGGAAAGCCAUCCACGAGGUGUUUGAAGUCGGCACCUCGGCACACACUGCUCACUGGAGAACAGCGAGCUCGUCCAGCAACAACCUGAGCGCUUUAAAAUAUGCGGCUCUCAAUGGAAACGAUGUUUAAAAGGGCAGAGGGGAGACGAGUGACAUGUUUCGAUUCUUUAGUGUUUACCUGAAGUGCAAUGGCGGCCGCGCUAUGUGGAAAGAGAUUGUAUGAAGGCAUGCGUGUCCUGUCCUGCCCUGCAGAUGUUGCCUCACUGUUGCAAAAUGAAUGUGGAUGGGUUAGAGAAGACGCAGCUCAUGAACUGGACAUAGAGAGACAAUGAUGUUGCCUUUGAAUGGAGUCACAGCAUCAGAGCUGAAACAAGACUCUCUCAUUCUCCUCUGGCUUGAAAAGAGGAGAUCACACGUAUUAUUUAGAAAUACAGUAUAUUUGUCCAGUAUAGGAGAUGAUAUAUAUAUAUAUAUAUGUAUAUUUAAGAAAAAAACUAAACCAAUGCCAAAGUUCGGUUCAUAUUUUCUGUACAUUUAAUAGUAAUAAAAUGUCAAAAGUAUGUUUACCUUAACGGCCAGUUAAUCCUCUUUACUCUGCAGUUUAAAAACACUUGUGAAAGACACUGGUGGUCGAGGAUAGAGAACUAUAUUUUCAUGAACUGCUCAUCACAUCCUAUAAGAUACCUGUUACUCUUUUUUCCACGUUUCUGCUUAUUUUGAAGACUUUAAGUGGCUUUAAUCUCCGGUGUGGAAAAAAACCCAAACCAUGUGACGAGCAGUGUUUUUCUCUGGUGGUAAUGACUCAUGUGACCAGCGUCUCCUGCUCAGACCGUGACUGUGCCAGUUCCUCGAGUGCUCAACAGAGGGAGUGACAUCAUUGUGGUCAAACAAGCAGGUGAUAUUUUGACUCGGACUUCCUGUCACAGCUCUCUGUAGCUUCAACAACACAUUUUACGACGCAAACUUCUGUGUGAAUGCUGAGUGGUAGCUUGAAAAUGUAUUUUUUGUUGUAUGUGAGCCUUCAAUAAAAGAUGUGCUAUAGUUUGAUGA